GCUUGCUGAGGUCAUAGGCAGGUCGACUCCGUUCGUUGACGUUGGCUAGAGCCGUCGUUAUGACAGGACGAGUGCUCCGCCAGCCACUUGGGUGUCAAAGUUCGAUCAUCCCCACUGGCUGGUCAAGGUAACGUUUCCUCUCCAGCCUGGGCAGGCAAUGAGAGCAACCAGAAAUGCUCGACUCCCAUGGAAUGUCAAUCCUGAGGUGCUGCUUCUGGCCAUCCUGAUGCGGUUAGCUUUCCAGCCGUUAUCGCUUUGGGAUCGCCGACCUCGACCAUUCCUCUUCAAGAUUAGAACAGGCCCGUGCUCUCUAGAUCGGGCUAAGCGCCGGGACGCGGUUGGGUCGGUCUGGUCCCAGCCAGUUUGGGUGUUUGAGAUCAUCCACUUGGGUUCUCGUCGGCCGCUGGAGACACUCUGGGUAGCCAGAAGCCGGUCGAUUUGGGAGAAACUUUGGGGCGGACUGGGUCAGGCUGUCAAGCCUGGAUGCUCGGAACAAUAUAAGGUUGUCCGAGUGUCGCUCGAUGCAUGUAGGUACAUGUUCUGUAAUGUAGGUAUCGAUCCAGGUCAGGCACCGUCGACGUGUCUCAUCCAGUAGAACCCCUCCCAGGCGCUUCUGUCCCUGGACGUGGACGAUGGACAAAUGGUCGGGAAGAGGGCUAUCGCUACGGGCAGAAAUGCGGCCGGGCACGAGCCUCU